CCAAUCAUCUCUUCAAAGGCUUUUGAAUAUAUAUUUUACUAAUCACCUCAAACUUCAAAAUAAUUCAACAGCAAUGGCCACUCCUAACGAAGUAUCUGCACUUUGGUUCAUCGAGAAACACCUUCUCGACGACCUCUCUCCCGUGGCUACUACACACGAACCACCACCAGCAUCCGAAUCUAGCUCCGACUCUUGCUUCUCUGACUCCCAAAUCAUCGAUCUCGAUACUCCCAGAUUCGUCGAUUUUAUACUCCACUCCGACAUCUCUCUUUCUGAUUUCGAUUUUAAACCAACCCAUCAAAAUCAAUAUCAAAAUCAAAAUCAAGUCGAACCGGAGAUUAAUAAUUCACAAAUUCGAAAACCGCCGUUGAAGAUCGCACUCCCAGCUAAAACAGAGUGGAUCCAAUUCGUAGCGGAGGAUCUUAAUCCUAAACCGGAAGUUACUAAACCGGAAGUAGAAGAGAAGAAACAACAUUACAGAGGAGUGAGACAAAGACCGUGGGGGAAAUUCGCAGCCGAGAUUAGAGACCCCAACAAACGCGGUUCUCGCGUUUGGCUCGGCACUUUCGAUACAGCGAUUGAAGCGGCUAGAGCUUACGACCAAGCUGCCUUUAGACUACGAGGUUCCAAAGCUAUUUUGAAUUUCCCUCUCGAGGUUGGCAAGUGGAAACCACGCGCCGACGAACCAACUGAGAACAAACGGAAGAGAGACAACGACGGCGACGAUGAUGAUGAGAAAGCGACUCUGGUCGAGAAAGCGUUGAAGACGGAACAGAACGUUGACGGUGACGGUGGAGAGACGUUUCCGUUAUACACCGACUGGGACUUAACGGGGUUUCUUAACUUUCCCCUUCUUUCGCCGUUAUCUCCUCAUCCGUCGUUUGGUUAUUCACAAUUGACCGUUGUUUGAAUCUUUUUUUUUUUUUGGGUCUUUGGCGGUGUGUAUGCUGACGUGGACUUUUGGUACACGUAGGUGCAUGCGAUGGAUAAAUAAAAAUUAUAUAAAAAAUUCCAUUUGUUCA